GAUUUAGUUCGGUUUACGACGAUCCCAGAUACAAACGCGAAAAAGUUUCUUUUCGGUGUGUGUUGCUCCGAAAAAGUGGAAAAGAUCGCCAGGAGUCUACAGCCUCCUCCAGGGAAAUAGGAGCUGCCACACACCCGCGAACUAAAAAAUCGAGAAACGAAGAGCUCGAACUGCUCGUAAAAGUCGCCGGCUAAUUAAGUCAGGUGUUAAUCACGGCAAUUACGUACUACAAAUUGCCCAUCGCACUCGGGAAGUCGCCGCUGGAAUGUUGCAGCCAUCACUUUUGGCGGCGUUGCUGCUCCUGCUGUUGCACUUGCAGAAUGCCAGCUGCAAGGCGCCCACCAAGGAGCUGCCCCGCCCACUGAUCCCGCUCCACGAACUGGAGGAGGAGGAGCCUCUGCCAUUCCAGGGCACACGGAACGGACGCUCGAGGCGACCCACACUGAUGGACGUGGCCUUGCAACAAAGUGUGCGGCAGGGACUCGAUGCCAUGGCCGAGUUGUACGGACGCAUUCAGCCCGAGAUGCUGCGCAAUGGCCAAACCCUGCAGGACAACCAUCCGGCCGCGAUGCUGGCCCGCUUCAAUGCCCCAACGACGGACUCGGAGCGCCGGGAAAUGGCCGCCUAUGCCACCAUCGCAGCAGCCAAGGCCUUUCGCAAAAACUUCCAGCACAUCGAUGAGCUGGCCCGCCAGUCGCACUCCCAGCGGAUCUCGCUGCGGCGCACCGCCCUGGAGGGACUCUGUCCGCCGCGGGACCCGCCGCCCUGCAUGCCCGCCUCGGAGCGGUACCGCACCCACGACGGCACGUGCAACAACAAGAGAAGACCCCGCUGGGGUGCCGCCCAGAUGCCCUUCAACCGGUUCCUCCCGCCGGAGUACGGCGAUGGCGUGGACACGGUCCGGAGUUCCACGGAUGGCUCAACCCUUUCCUCGUCGCGGUUCGUCAGCCUGCUGGUCCACGGAGCCCGGGAGGGGGAGGCCCCGCUCACCCUCAUGAUCGCCCAGUGGGGUCAGAUGCUCGACCACGACAUGACCUCCACAGCACAGCCGCGCUCCAUUAAUGGCUCCAUUCCGAGUUGCUGUGGCGGCAAGGACUUCCACCCCGCCUGCUUCCCCAUCAAGGUGCCGCUGGAUGAUCCCUGGCUGGCUCCACUCAAAGUGCGCUGUCUGGAGUUCCUGCGCUCGGCUCCUGCCCAGCGAAGAGAUUGUGUAUUAUCCUGGCGGGAGCAGACAAACCAGGUGACCUCGUACAUAGAUGCCUCACCCAUUUACUCGAAUAGCGCAAAAUCUUCGGACAAUGCAAGGGUUUUCCGGCACGGCUUGUUGGUCUACGGACGCGGUGAUCCUGCAGAGGAUGUGUGCCAACGGGGAGCCAUUGCCACCAAGUGCAUUCGAUCCGGAGAUGGGCGAAGUGGAGAGCAGCCGGGACUGCUGGCCAUGCACCACGUUUGGGUGGGCGAACACAAUCGAAUCGCCAUGGAGUUGAGUGAACUGAAUCCGCAUUGGAGUGACGAGAAGGUUUACCAGGAAACCCGCAGGAUUGUGGGCGCCAUGUUCCAGCACAUCACCUUCAGAGAGUUCCUGCCUGUCAUCCUGGGCAGAGAGGUGGCCAAGCUGUUCGACCUGGAACUGAUGCCAUCGGGUUAUUACGAGAGAUAUAGUUCUAAGGUGAAUCCCACGGUAGCAAAUGCCUUCGCAGCUGCCGCCUUUCGGUUUGGCCACUCUUUGGUGCAGAAUUCCUACACCCGCUGCGAUCGCCAUCACAAUGUGAUAAAUAAUAAUGUCAGCUUGCAUGAGGAGUUCCAGAGAGGGGAUAUUGGCUCCGCGGGUUCCUUGCAUCGUCUUCUGAGGGGUUUGGCCUCCCAGAGAGCUCUCAAGAGGGAUGAGUUCAUCACCCCCGAGUUGACCAACCACCUCUUCCAGACUCCUGGCUUUCCCUUCGGCUUGGACCUGGCUGCCAUUAACAUCCAGCGGGGCAGGGAUCACGGCAUUGCUCCUUACACCGCUUGGCGAGUGCCCUGUGGCCUGAGUCCCAUUCUCAGCUGGGAUGAUUUCGCCAAUGUAGUUGGUCCAGAGUCUGCAAAGCGGAUUGGCCACGCCUAUCGAAGUGUGCACGACAUCGAUCUCUUUGUGGGCGGCAUUGCGGAGCGCCCUGUGGUGGGUGGACUGGUGGGUCCGACCUUCGCCUGCAUCAUCGCCCAGCAGUUCAGCAAUGCCAGAAGGGGAGAUCGCUUUUGGUACGAGAACGGCGGCUUCGAGAGCUCCUUCACUCCCGCCCAACUUCACUCCCUGCGGAGGGUUUCCUUAGCCCAGGUACUUUGCCGCACGGUGGGUGGUGGCACAUUGCAACCCCACAUCUUCAUCCCAGCCGAGUUUGAGGACAACGAAAGGCAGACCUGCGGAGUGGGCAGUCUGUCGCCCAUCGAUCUGAGUCCCUGGUUGGAGCAAGAUCCCUUCCACAAUCAGCAGGUUCCGGAUCAGGUGUUCAACAUUGGGCAGCCAGAACUGGGGUCCGUACAGAUAAUCAAGGAGGACAAGGCGGGCUUCUCGAACCGGGUGAAACCCAACAAACCACAAGUAGAACUGAUCACCAAUUCGGGGAGUGGAUUCCUUAGACCAACGAACGGAAACUCGACAAAAGUUAGCGACAAACUCGACCUGAGACGCAAGACGGCGACGAACUCGAACAAGAACUCUAAUAACAGACAGACUUCACAGACUCGAAAGCCAGUAAGUGGAGUUAACAACAAACUGGACAAGUCUCCCAAGAUCACCAUAAAUAUAAAGAGCGUUAAUGUGCGAAGACCAGAGGGAUCGGGUCCCAAGCGAAGGGUGGUCAUCAACAAUGUGCCCGUAGAACUGAGGAGUUCGGGUGGCAAUGCUUCCGAUACGGAGACUGGGACAGGAACUUUAACGGAAGACGAAAACGAAUUCGAGGACGAGGAAGUUGACUUUGAGGACGUAGAAGAAGUGAGAGCCAAUAAUGACCCCUUGAAACUAACUAACCCAGAACUAAAAGAAACUGAAACUGAAGCAAAGGCAAAGACUUUGGAAGAUGACAAAAAGAACUUGGACACAAAACCUCCAACAGACACCCCUAAAACCGAUAGACGUGACAUUAGAAAGUUGGAAGCCACAAAAAUAUCGAAAACUCUGACUAAACCUGCAGACUCUCGACUUUUACACUUUCAACUCAAUAGAACUAGCACGCCAAGGGACUUUCAAACCAGCUCCACAGUCAGCUUAGACCACUUCACUCAACAGACAAAAGCUCCAAAGAUCAGUAAGCCGACUAAGAGGGCAGUGGAACUGAGACAGUACCAGAACAGACCUCUUUACGAAAGACCCCAAAAGGUGGUGGUCAAUGGACCAAACGCAGACCAGUACGAAAUUGAGAUCAACAUCAGACAGACGAACAAGAAUCCGGGAUCGAGACCUUCGACCGCUGACUACGGGGAAUACACGACUGCCCAAAAACCCUACUACAAUUCGAACUAUGCACCACACUACGUAGACUACGGAAGUACUACCCCAAUUCCACUGCCAAGCUAUGGUUACCAACCUCUGGCGGAGAUUAGCCAAGGACAGAGAACGAAACCUCCGACUAUAAUCUACCUAAACGAUAACGAUGACAGACGAACCACUACCACCAGGGCACCUAACAUCUUCCAGAACUUUCUGACUUUCGCAACGAACAGUUUCAAUCCUCUGGGCAACCGACGACCCAUGCCCACUACUCCAUCUCCUUCUCCGAUAUCGCAGAGCCACAAGGAGCCUUCCCAGUUCGAGAGCAAUUUGGUGCACAGUCCUAUUAGUAAUUCGCACAUCCUGACUGGGGGAUCCUUAUCCUAUUCACCAAGACCUCAGUCGGUUCACUCGUAUCCUGUGGCGGUAACCAGUUCCCAAAUUGGAGCCAACCCAGGAUCUGGUUUCCUCCAUGCCUCCAGCAGUGCCUUGAGCUCGGGUCACUUUGGCAGCAUCUCCGGAGUGGCCACUGCCAAUGGAGCGGACAGCACCUUCAGCUUCAACAUUCGACCACGUCCCAAUCCGGAGUUGAGUCCAGUUGUGAGUUCCUAUCCCAGACCUUCUGCAAAUCAGGGGAUAGUGAGUGGUGGAGGAGGAUCUUAUGGCCUCGUAACUCAAUCCUCCUACAGACCAGACUUUGCGCCUCCUCAAAGCGAACUUUACUACGACAGGGAACUGACCAGUGACAGAAAUCCCAGUCCCUUUUCCGGAUCCAGUUCAGGAUCAAGACCAGCAUCGACAUUCUACGGACGAACACCAGAACUCAAAGAAGCGGGAAACAACAGCAACGAACUUUCACAGACAGAACACAAACUUUACCUACAGGACUACGACUAUGUGAGCAGGACACUCUCUAACUUGACCAACGACGAAAGUCAGCCCUCUGAAGAGGAUGCAGACUACGUGUACGACGAGGACAUGCCCACCAACGAACUGGACAAGACAGAGACCCGAAAAGACACAGACGCCACGGAAUCUACCAAGAAAUUCGACAAGGACGGCUACAUGAGACCGCAAAUGAUGAGGGACUCCAACCGAAACUCGACUUUAGCCAACGUGACCGCACUGGACGACAACUACGUGAUGCCCAUGCUGGAGAAAAAGACGCGCACUGGCUACGUGACCGAGGUGCCCAAGCCCAUGCUGUCCACCUCCAGCCGGAGUGUGACCAACAGCAAGGUGACCGUGUUCCCGGACAGCCUGGGCAAGCAGCUGGGCAACGACAUACUCGCGGACGAGACGGACGACUACGUGGACGGGAACUCGGAGGCGCGGCUGAAGGCCCAGAAGCUGAAGCAACUGGCCAGCGUGGCCUUCGCACCCAUCACCGUGCUGACCAAGCCGGACAGACCCGACAACUGGGUGAUCUACCAGAAGGUUAGCGAGGAGCCCCCAUUGCCACAACCACCGGUGAUCAAUUCGGAUGUGGCUCCCACCGGCGAGGUGCCCACUCCCAUCAAGAACUUCAACAACGCCUGGCGGAAGCAGGAUCUGAAUGCUCAACCGGAAACUAAAUUAAAACCGGAAACUAAAUUAGAACCGGAAACUAAAAUAGAACCGGAAACUAAAUCAGAAAAUGUGCCAACUAAACUGGAAGCCAUGAAGGAGGCGCAGGAGGAAACCACUGUGGCAGCAGCGGACAGUAUCUAGAAAUGCCAAAUUAGCCCUAGAUAACUUAUUUAUUUAUUUAUACUCUAAAGCAAGAAUUAAAGUCCUACCAUCAUUCAA